CGCCUCAGACAGCCGCAAGUGAGAACAAUCGCAACGACCUUUCUUUGAGAAGUUCCCGCGAAACGCUGCACAACUAAUUGUUCCACUCACCGCACCCCGACUCGCUGCCACUGCCACGACACGCGACCGCUUCGUCCUACGCACACAGCAGACGCAGAACAAGAUGGAGCGACCUCAGAAUGUUGGAAUCAAGGCCAUUGAGCUUUACUUUCCAAGCCAGUGUGUGGACCAGGCAGAGCUCGAGAAGUUCGAUGGCGUUAGCCAGGGCAAAUACACCAUUGGUCUCGGCCAGACGAAGAUGAGCUUCUGCGACGACAGAGAAGACAUCUACUCGCUCGCUCUCACAGCCGUCUCCUCCCUUUUCCGCAAAUACAACAUCGACCCGAAAUCGAUCGGCAGACUCGAAGUUGGCACUGAGACUCUUCUCGACAAGUCAAAAUCAGUCAAGACCGUGUUGAUGCAACUUUUCGAGGAGUCGGGCAACACCAACAUUGAGGGUGUGGACACUGUCAAUGCCUGCUACGGAGGUACCAAUGCUCUCUUCAACACAAUCAACUGGCUGGAAUCCUCGGCAUGGGAUGGCCGCAACGCUAUCGUUGUUGCUGGAGACAUUGCGCUUUACAAGAAGGGUGCUGCCAGACCAACCGGUGGUGCUGGUGUUGUUGCUAUGCUUGUGGGCCCAGACGCCCCACUGGCUUUUGAGCCUGGCCAGCGCGGCAGCUUUAUCAAGCACGCAUACGACUUCUACAAGGCCGAUCUCGCCAGCGAAUAUCCACUCGUUGACGGCCAGUACUCCAUCAAGUGCUACACUGAGGCAGUCGAUGCUUGCUACAAGGCUUACAAUGAGAGGGAAAAGGCGAUCAAGAGCAAGCUUAAUGGACACGCGAAUGGCACACAUGCUGAGCCAGAGACUCCUCUCGACCGAUUUGACUACAUGUGCUUCCACGCGCCAACCUGCAAAUUGGUGUCCAAGAGCUACGCAAGACUGCUCUACAACGACUACCUUCAGGACCCAGAGAACCCAAUCUUCAAGGAGGUUCCAGCCGAGAUCAAGGAUCUCUCGUACGAAGCAUCUAUCACAGACAAGACUGUGGAGAAGACAUUCAUGGGUCUCGCUAAGAAGCGAUUUGCCCAGCGUGUGCAGCCAUCGAUCGAAGUGCCAACCAUGUGCGGAAACAUGUACUGUGCUUCCGUCUACGCAUCGCUGGUGUCUCUUCUCAGCAACGUUGAUUCAGACGAACUCCAAGGCAAGCGUGUCACCAUUUUCUCGUAUGGAUCUGGUCUGGCCUCGUCCAUGUUCUCGCUCAAGGUCAAGGGCAGCACCAAGGAGAUCGCCGAGAAGAUCGACCUCCACAAGAGACUCGAGGGACGCCGUGUUGUAGCACCAGAGGUCUAUGACGAGAUGUGCAAUCUGCGAGAGAAGGCCCACCUGAAGAAGGACUACAAGCCACAAGGCAACGUCGAGACCCUUGUUCCAAACACAUACUACCUCACUGAGGUGGACGACAUGUUCCGAAGAAAAUACGCGAUUGCUCAAUAGAGUUGUGCUCGCAUUUUGAAGCGUUUUGAGAUGAGAUCGAAAGCGAGCCGGAGACACGAGCAGCAUCUGUUGCUUGUGCGAGACGAGCAUGGAUUGGGCGUUUUAGCAGAAUAUUAAACUUCUGAUAGCAGUUGUUUUCUGCUAGGUGACAGUUUUGCCGCUGAUCUCCCGCUGAAGUAUUUUUGUCUAUACUGAAAUGAUACCUUUUGAACUGCAACAAGUCUCAAUCAGAUUUGCAUGUUCCC